AUGAAAGCGACCCGUGUCCUGGUCUACGGUGAUUCUCAGUUGGUAAUUAACCAACUGACCGGGGAAUACCAGUGCACGAGCGAGAAUUUAACCAUGUAUUAUGUAACGGCCCUCAAUACGGCCGACGAGUUUUCUAGGAUCUCCUUCGUUCACGUGCCGCACGUCAAAAACCAUGAGGCCAAUGAGAUGGCCCAGGUAGCGUCAGGUGUGAACAUUCCGGACAGUGACCACAACCGCAUGAUAAGAAUCGAGAAGCGUACCCUGCCGGCUUUGGCUGAGCGAGGAAUGACCACGCAAGUAUCAUCAGCCGAAAUUACCGACGAGGUUGAAGCGGCCGAAACCGACUGGCGUUACCCCAUAGAUGGGCCGUGGAUAUCAUCGGCAAAAUCUACCCAGCCACGUCCAACCAGCAUGCCUGGAUUUUGGUGGCAACUGACUAUUUCACUAAAUGGGUCGAGGCGGAGUCCUAUCGGUCCAUUUCUAGCACACCUGUGGUCAGAUUCAUUGAAAAUCACAUCGUCCACAGAUUCGGUAUACCCGAAACCAUCAUGGUCCGAUAACGGCCCAGUUUCGCAUCAGCUGAGACUCGAGAAUACGCCGAAAGGAUAG